AAUUGGUUGUGAAGGUGUGGGAGAAGUGGUGUGAAUAGAGAGGUGGAUAAGUCGAUGGUCUGAGUGGUGAGUGAAGUGAAGCAAUGGUCGACUUAUCCGGUAAUCCCGAGUCGGGCGGACCUAUAGAGCAUGGGUUCAGUAAUUGGGUAUUCAUUGUGCCCGCACUCAUCACCGCUACGCUCGUAGGAUUUUUCUUUUACAAACUCAUCCAAAGUCUGAUGGAUAAGGAGAAGAAGAAGGAGGAGAAGAAGAAACUGAAGCAACAGAAGAGGGACAGCACUAAGAAGAAAGCCAAAUGACUGUCACCUCAAUCCUAUCCCAAACCUAUAAUCCCUUUACAUUCCAAUCAAUCACUUCCACUAAACUAUUGUUUAUUAAUUAAAAAUUUUAAUUUUUGAACCAAA